ACGUUACUCAAAAAUCAAGAAUCACAAAAAAAAAAAAUAUAUUGAAAAAAAACACAUGAGAAUGAACAUUCAAUUAAGGCCUUUGAUUAACUCAUAUUUAUAUGAACGAAUUGUAAUUCAGUUUAUUUUAACUUAUUUCAUUUUCAAUUCGAUUCAAUUGGCCUAUUUACCACCACCAACUUGCACUCAAAGGGCCUAUUAUUAUUCAUACAUAUAUCAAGAAAUAUCAACCACUUCUUUUUAGUGUACUCCAAUAAUAUUGCUUUCUCUUUCCUCUUAUUGCUAUCCAUAGUACAUUACUCAAAAAAUCAAGAAUCACCAAAAAACAAAAAAUGGAAAAAUCACAUGAGAAUGAACAUCCAAUUAAGGCAUUUGGAUGGGCAGCUAGAGACACUUCUGGUGUUCUUUCUCCUCUCAAUUUUUCAAGAAGGGUGACUGGUGAAAAAGAUGUGCAGUUCAAAGUAUUAUAUUGUGGAAUUUGUCAUACUGAUCUUCAUCAGAUCAAAAAUGAUUGGGGCAUCACCAAAUAUCCUAUUAUACCUGGGCAUGAAAUUGUUGGUGUGGUAACUGAGGUUGGUAACAAGGUAGACAACUUUAAAGUCGGAGAGAAAAUAGGUGUUGGAUACUUAGUAGGAUCAUGUCGAAAAUGUGACAAUUGUGCCAACGAUCUUGAAAAUUACUGUCCUGGUUUGAUAAUGACAGCCAAUGGUACUUACUCUGACGGGACCAUCACGCAGGGAGGUUACUCCGAUCUCAUGGUUGUCGAUGAGCAUUUUGUCGUUCAUUGGCCGGAGAAUUUGCCAAUGGAAGCUGCUCCAUUGUUAUGUGCAGGGGUCACAACUUAUAGUCCAUUGAAAUACUUUGAACUUGAUAAGCCUGGAAUGCACAUCGGUGUUGUUGGUCUUGGUGGACUUGGUCAUAUGGCUGUGAAAUUUGCUAAGGCAUUUGGUACCAAAGUGACUGUCAUUAGUACAUCUGCUGGUAAGAAAGAUGAAGCAAUUGAGCGUUUGGGUGCGGACUCAUUUUUGGUCAGUCGUGACCCUGACCAAAUGCAGGCUGCAAGGGGCUCACUUGAUGGUAUCAUUGACACUGUAUCUGCAGUUCACCCUAUUUCUCCAUUGCUUAAUUUGUUGAAAACUAAUGGGAAGUUAGUAAUGGUUGGUGCACCAGAAAAACCACUAGAGUUGCCUGUAUUUUCCUUGCUUGCAGGACGUAAGCUAGUAGCAGGGAGUGGAACCGGAGGGUUGAAGGAGAUGCAAGAGAUGGUAAACUUUGCGGCAAAGCAUAACAUAACACCGGAUGUUGAAGUCGUGCCAAUGGACUAUGUGAAUACAGCGUUGGAGCGCCUAGUGAAAUCGGACGUGAAGUAUCGAUUUGUGCUUGAUAUUGGCAAUACAUUGAACAAGAGUUAGUAUAUAUGGACAUCUUGUUAUCGUUGUGUGUUUGUAUUUUAAGUAACAAACUGGUGAGUUCAAGAUGGAAUUACAUAUCA